CUCGGGGUGUAGUGUAGUGUUGUGUUGUGGCAACUCGGACUGGGUGCAACAGGCCAAUCACUGCACAUAAGUAGUAGAUAGACACUCAUAGUACUGUCACUUAUCAUACACAAACCUCGAGCCAUAUCCUGAAUUCACUCGGCAACACAUAAGGCAUAUGGGUGGAGGUGUUUGAGGUUUCAUUAUGGGAUGCAUAAAGUCGAAACAAGUCGGCGUGGAAGAACAAAGCCCCGGCCGAGCAGAACCAACCCCCGCCCGAACAGAUCCAACACGCAACGACCCCAACCCUCCACUGAAGCCCCCUAAAAAGAAGAAGAGUGAUGCGGUGCCUUCUCCGGAAGCGUUUGCUGCUAUUGAUGCGCAUGCGUUGAAGGCUCCGGCCAGUGCUCGCUCAUCCGUGACCUCCCUAGCACAGUACCUGGUAAAGCCAGCCCGGAAUGACAUGGAGAAAAUCCGGGCCUUCUACAGAUGGCUUGGUGACAAUAUCAGUUACGACGCAUCCAGGUUCUUUAGUGGCAACAGUGGCUCUCAGGACCCCGAUGCAGUGCUGAAGCGUGGAUCUAGUGUCUGCGAGGGAUAUGCCAGACUCUUUCAAUCUCUCUGCGACGAAUGCAAGAUACCUUGCAAAAAGGUCUCUGGUUUCGCCAAAGGGUUCGGCUACAACCCAGAAAGCCCCUACACACUAAACACGCAAACGAACCAUGCGUGGAACGUGGUGUAUGUUCAGGGAGAGUGGCGCCAUAUUGAGUGUACGUGGGGAGCAGGACACCUGAACAACGACCAUAAAUACGAGAAAGAGUUCGAAGAAUUCUAUUUCCUCACUGAUCCUGAGGAUUUUGUCAUCAAACAUUUUCCAUAUGCUGACAAGAAUUUAGAAGCCAGUAUCUCUCUGCAGCUGUUGAAAAAACCGUUAUCUCUCGAGGAGUUCAGCAAUGCUCUUUCUCCAAUGACCAAUGGUAUCACAUGGGGGUUUGAAUGUACGAGCCACAAGACUCAAGUGAUCACAGUAGACAAGGAAUGUGAAAUCAGCUUCAAGACGCGAAAUGUAAAACUCAGUGGAAUAUUGUGUCACUUGAAGGAGAAGAACACCCAGCGGGAAUACAGCCAGUAUGUCCUCUUAAGGAAACAAGGAGACAAGUAUACAGUGAGAGUUACUCCACCUGCCGAAGGCAAAUACAACCUGGGGAUCUUUGGCAAGCCAGAAUCGUCAUCAGGUACUACACACCACUCACUCAUCACCUUUGUUUUACAGUGUCAGUCUGUUGCCAAAGAUCUGCGUCCAUACCCUAAGAAGCAGGGAUCCUGGGGUGCAAGUCAAAACGCCAUUCAAUAUGGCUUCACCAGCGACAUAUUGGGAAAGGAUGUUGUGACUACAUCGACUGGCGAAGUCGAGCUCAGGAUCAAGACGUCAAAGCUUGUCCCCAUCUCACUGCGUCUUGAACAAGCAGACUCUACUCAAACUGAUCUGGAUCGAUACGUAUUUGGCUUUUAUGAGGGCAAUACACUUGUUCUUAAAGCAAGAGUACCCAGUGUUGGCUUUUAUAAGUUUACACUUUUUGGAAAACAUCCCGAGAACUCAGAGUCAUCUUCGUUUGACCAUGUUGCUGACUUUUUGAUUGAAAGCAAAAAAGCUGUAAGCAAUGUUCUCCCUUUCCCCGGUGCUUACACUGCUGCUCAGAAAUAUGGCUGCCAUCUGCAUGAGCCUCUCUCUGGGGAUCUUCCAGCCAAUCAGGAUGUCCGACUUAAACUAAGCUCAGAUAGUUUAACUAAGUUAAUGGUCAACAAACAAGUGAAGGAGAAGGAAGGUAAAGAGUUCAACUUUACCUUUAAAACGCCGUCAAAGGGAGAAGAGUUAAGUGUGUAUGGUACCUCUGGCGAUAGUUCUAGCUUUGAUGGCCUGUACACGUACAGAAUUGUGUGACUCUGAAUUUACUCAAAGGUAUAUUUCAACAAAGACAUCGAACUAGCUUAACGCUGACAGCCUUGACCGUUUGAUGAGGUUAAGAAGCAGGUUAGGUCUCCGAUCACUUCCUGCAGUAGAAAAGAAAACACCGGAUUUGUGUUUGUUUUUAUAUUUACUUCCGGUAGUUAUUAAAAUAUAUCAACAGAGAAUAUACUUAUUGAAUAUUACAGACAGUCCGUCCAGAUGUUUGAUGCACAUUCAUGUAUUUACUGCAAACUGACAUAUGUUCCGUUGGUGUGGAGGUCCAUCUAGCAGAGGAGUCCACCAUACGACUCAACCAUAAUCAUGGGAGGGGCGGUAGAGUAGCCUAGUGGUUAAAGCGCUGGCUCGUCACGCCGAAGAUCCGGGUUCGAUUCCCCAUAUGGGUACGAUGUGUGAAGCCAUUUUACGGUGUCCCUCGCCGUGAUAUUGCUGGAAUAUUGCUAAAAGGGCAGCAAAACCAUACAAACUCGCUCACCCACUAAUCAUAUGUAUAUUAUCAACUAUCGCUUUUUCGACUCAUCGACCUUUAUUAUAGGGUAUGGUGUUGAAAUGAAAUCUUAUUCCCGUUUAUAUGAACACAUCAAAACACGAUUUCUUUAAGUUUUGUUCGUUUCUGAAAUUUGGUAGGUCUUGAGGACCUUCUUGAUCCCCUUCAUACCAUGUCCACUUUCAAUAAGACGGAAUAUUUAGCAUGAUCAUGAAACGAUUACUAUAUGUCAUCACUAUGGGUAAGUUGAAUUUGUCAGUGUCAUGCAUGACGUUACAAUAAACGAUAAUUGAUAAAA